AUGGUUUGUGUUACGAGCGCAAAUAAGUAUACUAAAAAGGCAACCCAAAAAAAAACUCAUGUUCCACCCUUUAGCGUUAGAAUUACAAUGGACCCUGGGAAUGUCUCACUUCAUCAAUUACUAGUGGUGGUUGUCAUUUCUGCCGUUAGCUUUUUUACUGGAUAUGCUGCGGGUAAACAAAAUACGUUAAUAAAAGCAUGGGAGUAUUCUGGUCAGCCUAAAAUUGCUUUAAAGGUCAAAGAUGAAGCAGAAAUAAUUAUUCAAGACGCCGGCCAUACGCAAGUUGACCCUGGUUCUAAAACUGUUAUGGGAGUUGGCCCAGGCCCUGUAGAAUUAAUUGAUAAAGUUACAGGACAUUUAAAGUUAUAUUAA